AUCAAAUUACACACUUUUGCGGAUUUUUUUUACAAAAACAUUUAAACCAGACAUUUUUAAGUAUGACAUUGACGAAUAAGUUGUUGAUAUCCAGCAAGAAUGUGUUGUUUCGAAUGAAAUCUCUUCAUCCAUAAAUUUAAUAAUGAUCUGAUCAUAAAAUAAUCAUAAUGGGCUUUGAGUAAGGCCCAUAUAGUCACAAUUUCGAGUUUUAUUUGACAUCCAUAUUUGAAGACACAUCUCCACAUAAGUGGGCUCUUUCUGUCUGCUUCGGUCCCUGCAGAAUUUCGAAAUCGUACUUUCAUUUUUUCCAGAAAUCUUCUCACACCUUCUCGGCAAAAUUCCCGGAAAAGCACCCGAUCAGCAGAUGGUCAGCAAAAAGGAUGUGGAUUACUAUUGCGGAUAUUCGAGGAAAGAGCUUCAGAGUUUGUGCAAGAAAUACAAGUUGCCCGCAAAUAGAUCAAGUUUGGAUAUGGCUGAAUCGUUGGCUUCUUUUUUCGAGUUGCAGAAAAAUAGUUUGAACUCGGUAGGCGUUGGGUUUGGGGUCGCUGGGAACCGAGCUGGUUUAGCUACUACUUCUAAAGCACCUGUGAAAAGAGAUUUUUAUGGUAAAGAAUUGAAUACUGAAAGAGGGAAUCGCUUUCAAGGUGCAGUGGCUAGAGAACCAGGCGUUAUCAUUGGGGAGAGAACAAAAUAUCAGGCGCGAAAUGGUGGUUUGAUUGGUUCUGAAUGUGUUCCUCCAUAUACGAGGAAAUUGAAUGGAAAAGGCCCAACGGAGCCUCGGCUACACAGUGGUGAUCGUCCUAGUUCGUCUUCGUUUGAGUUUCAUGUCAGUUCGGAAGAGGGUAUUAGCCUUUCGGUUGACUUAAAUUUCAAUCCAUUAGACUGGAGCAAGAGCAUGAGAGGUGAGGUCAAUGUACAUGAUAGCUUGCGUCGCAGAAAACCCCCACAUUCUGAUAUCGCCAUUGAUAAUGCGACAAUUUGUAAGAAACAGAAGAGUUUAGGAGAAGACAAAGAUGGGUAUGUAAGGAGAGAAACACCUAUGAGUUCGGCAAUGAUGGACAACACUCAAGUACUUUCUGAUCAUCAUUCCAAUGGUGAACUGUCUCUAGCAUCAUCUGGGAUUCAACCAUGCAGCAGAACCAUAGAGGGCUCAGACACUUGCAAGGGGAAAAAGGCGCUUAACUCGUCCUUACCUGAUUCUGCAGGACCUGGCCAGAUUGUGUCAUCUUGUGUUGAAUCGUAUAGCAAAAGCCGCAGUGUAAAUCCACUUGAUGUGGACUGUGUUAAUCCUCAUGGGAAGAAGUUGUCAAGUGACUCUGUUGUGGGUGUUGCUGCAGUACAGAAUCGUCCAGCUGGUGAUCUCCUUAUCGAAGUUCCGGAAACUCCAUCCAUGGAAAGUUUUCAAAAGGUCGGAAACUCAAGUACUGUUAUAUGUCCACGGGGACCUGGUUCUGAGUUAUCAUCAUCAGAAGCAGAAGCUUACUACUCAAACCCGCCUUGUUCUCCCCGCAAUAUCUCUUCUUCACAGCUCAUCAUCGAUGGAGAGUGUGCUAGCUAUUCUGAAUCAUUCAAGUUACGAUACAAUGGAGGGAAGAACUGUUUGCCACCAAAUAAUGAAGAGCAGGAAAAGAGCGAAGUUUUAAGUGAGCAGGCGCGGUCAGAGUGACUGUUUGAAUGGGGAAGAAACCACUAAUGUUGUACAAUAUUGUUCAGUUGAGAGAAGAAUGGUUAUCGUACUAAUGUGAAGUUAGCCAAUGGAGAUUACUUUGAGAGCAGUGGGUCAAUUAUUACUGAAGGGUUCUUUCUGCAAUGACCUAGGGAGGAGUCAGUUUUAGGUUAGUAUGCCAUUCUUUUUGGUUUCGUCCUUUCGGAUUUUGGAGGUUGAAAACGCAAUUGUUUGUUGUUAUACACAUCAUCCAUAGACCAGUGUUGGAGAUUAGCUUACAAGCCAAUGUUGUAUACACCAUGUUGUUGAGUAUACAUCAAAGUUUUGACUGUAGUAUUUUACACAAGAGAUGAAGAUUAUCAGCUUUGUUUGCACUUUCUUUAAUUCUGCAAUAUAUUUAUAUGAUUU